UGUCAAUGUCAAACUGAUAAGAGAGAUAACCCCUGGGAAUAUACCUAACUUCUAUAAAUAUAAUAUUUAAUAGUUUCGGCGCAGUACUUAUAAAUUUAAAAUUUAAAGCGUUUCAAAUUCUAUCGCAUAUCAUAUCCAUGUCUGGGAUGACAACACGGCUAAGGGCCUUCUCCACGCAAGCGUUGAAGGUUGUCAACAAUGUUGCUAGGCAACAGUUCGUUGUGACUCUGCAAAGCGGUACGCAAACAGCAGAAGCUACCAUAGACUAUGAUAAGCAAGGCAAGAUAAUAAGUUACCUCCACACAAAUGUACCAACUGAGUUUCAAGGGAAAGGUGUUGGAAAAUUACUAGCAGAGCAUGCUUUUACUUAUGCAUUGGAUAACAGCUUGGAUGUGAUAUGCAAAUGCCAUUAUCUUGCUAAAUAUUAUCAAGAUAACUUAAAUAAAUUCAAGAAACUUCAAGUAAAAUUAAUCUUGGAUUAGUUAAAAAUGGAUCUUAUGUGGUAUAGAUGUAAUGUACAUUAUUAUUUACGAGAAAAAUGUUAUGAAAAAUCUAAAAAAAUAUGUCAGGAAGCUGCAAAAAAAUUUACUGACACUACAGAAUUUCUAUUUUUUCAUGGCUUAGCAAAUUUACUAGAAGGUCAGGUGCAAAAAGGUAUAAAUGAUUUGUUGCCUUUGCAAUCAGAGAGAAACAUACAAUUUGCCAUUUUAAUGGCACUUAUUUAUGGUCAUAAACUAUUAAAUAGCUAUGAAAGAGAUGAAUUGUAUAACUUGGAAUCUAAAUUAAAAGAAGAAAAGAAGCAAGCUAACACGUCUUCUUUCUAUUAUGCUGGUAUGUUCUUGUCACUGGCAGAAAAGUAUGAAAAAGCUUCUGAAUAUGUCAACAAGUCAUUGCGUAAAGAUCCUAAUAAUUUAGAGGCUAUAGUGUUAAAAGGCUACAAUGAUAUGUAUAUGAAUGUUGGUGAAGUACAAACUUCAAUUCUGGAUUGUUUUGAGUUGGCUCUACAAAAAAGUGAUCGACAUAUUGAAGCCAUGUUGGGUUUGGCAAAGUAUAGAUACUUCACCAAAGACUACAAUGCUUGUAAUUCAUUGUUAGAUAAACUUAUAGUAAAUUAUCCUGGUCAAAUUGUUCCCAUAACAGAAAAGUUGAAAAAUGAAUUUGCAGCUUUACGAUGGGAUGCUGUACAUGAUUCCUUAGAGAGAGUGCUUUCCUUAGAACCUACUAACUUAGAAGCUUUAAAAGUACGAAUAUUCGUUGCACUCUGUAAACAUUCAGACUACAUUGAAGCAGUUGAUCAACUGAAUACUUUUUUUACUGUAUUAGAGAAUGAGGAACCAAACAAUGGUUAUCAAUUUUAUAACACAGCCCAAAUUUUUUCCAAAAUUUCUGGAAGAUCUAGUGCAGUACUCUCGCAAGUAUUCAAAUUUGCACAGUAUGCAUCAGAAAUGUAUUCAAAUAAUGUUGAUUAUUUAAGUGAAGUUGGUUAUCAGUGUAUUCUACAGGGAAAAUACAAAGAUUCAUUGAGUUUUUUCAAAGCUGCCAGCAAAGUGGACAGUAAUUCUAUAACAGCUUUGUGUGGAUUGACUCUUUGUCAAAUGUUUGAAAAUGGACCGACAGAUCAGAUUGCACAGCAAGUUGAAUUAUUGUUUGAAAUGCAAGGAACACAAAAGUUUCCAAUUCUUUAUCUAUUAUCGGCGCAAUUAAACAGUAAGAAUUCUAAUGCUGUAACAUUUCUCAAUAACGCAAUUGAUACCCAAAUAUCAGCAGCCUCUCGCUAUCCAUAUAGUUUGUCAUACAUAAAAAGACUAGACCCAGAUUUUUUGUUGGAGGUAUACAAAGAGUACAAGAAACAUUUACCUAAGAAACCUUUUGUCAUUGUUGGAUAUAUCUUAUACACUCAAGAAGAAAAGAAUACUUCAGUGGCGAGCUGUUUUAGACUAUUGGACACAAUAUGUAAAGCGUGUCCAGGUUUGAUAACCGCUUUAUAUGAAUUAGCAAAGCUAAAGUUUCUAUUUGGCUAUGCAACUAAAGCUCAGGCAAUAGCUCGACAGAUAGGGGAUCUUGAUAACACACAUGCGGGAAGUCAAGUUCUAUUAGCCCAGAUAUACAUUCAACAAGGCGCAUUUUCAAAAGCGACGCAAACGUUGGAAAUGUGUCUGAGUUACAAUUUUAAAAUACGAGAUAGUGUUAUGUAUCAUUUCCUAAAUGGGAUAAUUUUGAAAAACAUGAAUCAAAUCCAGGAUGCACUAGCCAGUUUUGUUACAAGUCUUCAAAUACUUACAAGCAAGAACAAUGUAAGUAGGCAACAAGAGUCAGAUCUGAAUAUAAUAGAUAAAGCUACGUUAUAUUUACAAAUUAUUGAACUACAAACAACAUUGGGGCAGUUUGGUGAAGCAGGAAAAACUAUGCAAGAAGCCAUUCAAGAAAUAUCUUACACAUCUGAAGAGAGCCGCUUGCUUAUAGCACGGGCCGAUUUAGCUCUAAAUAAAGGCGAUGUUGAUAAUGCAAUAGAAAUUCUAAAUGAAGUGAAACCGGGACAGCCAUAUUAUUUCCAAGCCCACACUAAAAUGGCGCAUAUUUAUCUGAAAGAAAAGAAUGAUCGAGCCAUGUUCACUUCGUGCUAUAAAGAUAUUGUGAAUAAUCAUCCAAUGGCAGAUGCUCAUACCAUGAUGGGUGAUGCUUUUAUGUCAAUUCAUGAACCAAUUCAAGCAGCAGAAUCGUAUGAAACAGCACUGAAAGGAAAUCCCAAAGAUAUUCAGUUGGUCAAGAAGCUGGGGCUAGCUUUAGUCAAAAUGCAUGAAUACGACAAAGCAAUGCAACAUUAUGAAAAUGCUAUCAGAUUGUUGAAUGAUGAUGAACUAAAAUUUGAAUAUUUAGAACUUCUCAUUAAGCUCAAACAAUACGACAAAGUAGACUCGAAUAUAUCCUCCGAAUUAAAUCAGUUGUAUAACAAAGAGAAAGAUGUGCCAACAUUCAAAAGACGCAUACGAUUUCUACUUACACAAGCUAGAACAAGAGACCUAAAGAAUCCUGCAGCAGGAAACACGAAUCUCAUUUUAACAGAAGCGAAAGAUUUACAAAUGGCAGUGCUUAAAAGAGUUGAGAUAGACUCGAGGGGAGAUUUAGAAGAAGAGAAGAAGCAGUUGUCGUCUAUACUUCGCUCUCUAGCUAAAGUCAAGUCUGUCAAGGAACCUGCUGUGGCUGCUAAUUUGUAUACUGAGGCGUUGAUACAUUGUCCGAGAGAUCCCGCAACUUUAUUAGCGUUAGCUAAACUAUAUGCUCAGAUGAAUAAUCCAGAACGAUGCGAAGAAACGUGUGCCGUGCUUUUGAACGCAGACCCCAACAACGAAUCGGCAGCAGUUAUGAUGGCAGAUUUGGCUUUUCGUAAGGUGGAUUUUGAGACAGCCCAACGUCAUUUGGAACAGAUACUGUCAGUGAAGGCAACUAGCUGGGAAGCUCUGGCGCAGCUCAUCGAAGUGCAGUGGAGACGAGGCAAGCUUAGUGAAGUGGAGCAAACACUGGAAACUGCCAAGAAUGCUUUGGAUAGUCAAGAUGAUCCUGGCUACGCAUACUGCUCGGGCCUGCACUCCAUGUACCAGGGCAAGAUGAACGCGGCGCUCCGUCAGCUGAACCACGCGCGCCGCUCGCCGCGCUGGGGACAGGCCGCCGCCAAGCGCAUGGUGCUGCUGUGUCUGUCGCAGCACGCGCCUGACGCCUUGCAGGACAGCCUCACUGCUGGCGACGACUCUGACACACGUCUUCUAGCUCUAAGAACGGCUGAAAAGCUUCUAGCAGAAGUAGCGCACACAGACCGUAAUGCAUUACAAGCACUUCUACAACUGGCGAAUAAGCACAAAUCUCAGGCAGAUAAAGUUCUACAAGAGAUCCUGCCGUUGGCCACGGAAGAUGGCUAUCAGGACGAUCCUUACCUUAUUCUUGCAAUUGCUAACGCGUACAACAUUGUAAAACAGCCAACUCGAGCUAAGAAUAUACUCAAAAGGGCCAUAUCGUCAAUUCCUUGGACGCCAGAAAAAGCCGAUGGUUUAGAGAGGUGUUGGUUAGAAGUAGCAGAUAAUCAGAUAAGCUCUGGACGUACGGAAGCUGCGAAAGAAAUUCUCACAAAAAUCCUCAACCAUAACAGUUCUUGUGCAGCUGCAUAUCAAUAUUUGGGUUUUCUAUCAGAAAAAGAUCAGAAUUACAAAAGCGCUGCGCACAAUUACGACAACGCUUGGGUACACACGGGCAAAAGCGACCUAGCCAUCGGCUACAAGCUCGCCUACGCGUACCUGAAGCUGAAGAAGUAUCCAGAGUGCAUAGUCGUCAGUCGACACAUCUUGAAGAUUCGCCCGGAAUAUCCCAAACUUAAGAAGGAGAUAUUGGAAAAAGCUAAGUCUAAUUUGAGGACAUAGGACUUUGUCCUUAUAAUAAAGAGGGUAGAUACUUUUCGGAUUUUUUUCUUUGGCCAGCUAAAAGGUUUCUUCUAUCGAUUAUUUUUCAUGAUACACUUGUAUGUAGGUUAUAUUUGAGAAAUUUAAGUAAACGUUGUUAACAAGAACAAGAAUUUAUAUGUUUACUUGAUUCCAAUACAGAACAAUUUUAUGUAUUUAAUGGUGUGGUUUUAUAUUGUAAAUUAUUAUUACUGUGUAUAACAGUAUUUUGUUCUAUUUUUUUGACAUUUGUCUUUGACAGUUGCAUUUAAGACAAAGUUUUCAUAACAUUUUUGUCAUUAGACGUGUUUAUAGAAAAAGUAAUGUAAUUUUUGUAAAUACGGGAAGGAAUAGCUUCUAAUAACUCGAAUAUAAAAGCAGAAUUGUCCUAAUUUACUUAAUUUUAAUAUACCACUGUACUAUAUAUUUAGCGAGGUGAAAAAUAAAACACACAAAAACAUG